AUGUGAUUGAACAGAGGGACCGCCCGCGCCCGGCCUUCCCUGACACCCUGCGUCACAUGACCUAGUGGCGAGCAGUACAGCAGUUACUGAGUGACACGGGUGACGGGAUCCCCUGACUGUGCCGAGUGCCCUGUACUGCAGACAAGAUGUCGGGUAAAGACAGGAUCGAAGUGUUCCCUUCCCGGAUGGCCCAGACCAUCAUGAAAGCUCGAUUGAAAGGGGCUCAAACAGGACGCAAUCUUCUGAAGAAAAAGUCAGACGCCUUAACCAUGCGCUUCCGGCAGAUCCUUAAAAAAAUCAUUGAGACCAAGAUGCUAAUGGGGGAAGUUAUGCGGGAGGCUGCUUUCUCACUCGCUGAGGCCAAAUUCGCAGCAGGAGAUUUCAGCACAACUGUGAUCCAGAAUGUGAACAAAGCUCAAGUUAAGGUCAGAGCGAAGAAAGACAACGUAGCAGGUGUUACCUUACCAGUGUUUGAGCACUAUCAAGAAGGAGGAGAUAGUUACGAGUUAACGGGCCUUGCGAGAGGUGGCGAGCAGCUAGCUAAGCUGAAGAGAAACUAUGCGAAGGCUGUGGAGCUGCUGGUAGAACUUGCCUCUUUACAGACUUCAUUCGUCACUCUGGAUGAAGCCAUUAAAAUCACAAACAGGCGUGUUAAUGCUAUAGAACAUGUAAUUAUACCAAAAAUUGAACGUACCUUGUCGUACAUUAUCACUGAGCUUGACGAGCGCGAGAGAGAAGAGUUCUACAGAUUAAAGAAGAUCCAAGAGAAGAAGAAAAUUAUCAAGGAGAAGGCAGAGCUGGAGCGUUCCAAGUUCCAGAGAUCGGGAGGUCCACAGCCAUCCAGUCUCCUUGCUGAGGACCGUGAUGAAGAUCUUCUGUUUGACUAGUCAAUCUGUCACUUGUACAUAAUAAUAAAUAAUGUGUAGGGCAAUGUAGUUGUACAAUGGUGUAUUGUUUUGCUCUGACCUCUAAGCCCACCCCCCCCCCCCCUUCCCCUGAAACCACCAGGGGUUUGCAGUGGUUCAUGUCAUAUCCAUUGUGCUUGAUUAUGUCAACUCCAUCACUGUGAACAUUGUAAAGAGCCAUGUUAUUCAAUUACAAAAUACAGUUCUAGCACUGACCAAUGGGCGAUCAGAUCAGGACUCCUCUAAGACCUAUGGAAGCCUAUUUAAACUGCUUAAGUUAUUGUAUAAUUGUCUCGGUUUGUUUUAAAUUAAAAAAGUGUCAUUGUGUACCAUAAUAAAA